UUGUUGGUAGAGAGAUAGAAAUAUCCAAUACUUGUAAAAUUUUAGACUUGUUUUAUUAAAUAUCAAUAUGACAAAAAUGACGAAAAACAAAAUAUUAUAAUCUUUUUUAUGUGUAUUAUUUUUUUAUCGUAAAUUUCAUAUUUAAAUUAAAUAAAUUAUAAUUAUUAAGGUAUUUUUGUUAAAUUUAUGAGAUAGAGCAGAGAUUUAGGAAAUAAAAAAAUAUGGUAUUGUAUAUUAGAUUAGUAUGUAGGAUAUUAUUUCAAUGGCAUUUAUUAAAGAAAGAAAUUAAUGUUUCUAAAUUUUAUGUACUAUUGAAAAAAAGGAAUAUGAUGAGAAAAUAUUGCGCUAGUUUAUGAAUUUAGGGGACAGCAAAGUAAAUUGCAUUAAGUAAAGUAAGAAGAAUGGCCAUAUGACGAAAUUAAUUACAUACUUAAAUAUGUACUUUAGCAUACACAUAGCGUAUAAUUUUAGUUAAAAAUAAAAUUAAAACAAAAUUUGAGAGGCCUGCAUGAGAGGAUGCCAAGUUUUUCGAAAUGGUGGAAGUGCAUUGGAUGCCUGUGAGGAAGCUAUAAAAUGCUUGGAAAAUUCUGGUAAUACAAAUGCCGGUUAUGGUUCAAAUUUAACAUGGGACGGAACUGUUGAAUGUGAUGCAUCAAUUAUGGAUGGAUCAACAUUAUUAUUUGGUUCCUGUACAAAUGUUUCAUUAGUCAAAAAUCCAAUUAGUUUAGCACGAAUAAUAUGUGAACGACAAUCUAGGAUGUUGGCUUUAGAAAGAAUUCCCCCAAUGUCAAUGGCUGGCGAUGGUGCUACAAAAUAUGCUCAAGAAGUUGGUUGUAUAAUGUUAGAAAAAGAUCAACUAAUAUCAGGAAGAGCACAACGUUUACAUAAUCAUUAUAAAGAAAAAGUAGCUAGAUUUGAAGAUAUAAAUAAAAUACAAAUAAAUUAUUUAGAUACAGUUGGAGCAAUUUGUGUAGAUGCUAAUGGAAAUACGGCAGCUGGCUGCAGUUCAGGUGGUUUAGUUUUAAAAGUAUCUGGUCGUAUUGGCCAAGCAGCAACCUACGGGGCUGGUUGUUGGGCUCAAAAUUCACCAGAUAUAUCGGUAUCUACAUGUACUACUGGCAACGGCGAAUAUCUUAUGAAAACAUUUUUAGCCAAAGAAGUAUCACAAGAUCUCAUGUCAAAUUCUUCACACGAUUGUCCGGCUACAAUUCUACAUAAAACUUUUAAAGAUAAAUUUUUAGAAUCACCAUUUGUUCCUCAAGGACGUGAAUUAUAUGGUGGAGCACUUUCCUUAGUAUAUUAUCCAAAAACAUAUAACGGCGAAGUACUUUGGAGUCAUACAACUCGUUCUUUAUGUGUCGGAUAUAUGUCAACCUUUCAAAGGAACCCAAAAUUUGUUAAUUCAACAUUACCUUCAUAUAGCAAACCAGGAGAAUCGAUUGUGGUUAAUGGGCAAAAUUUUAAAUUGCCUAUAUAAGCACAACAUGUUUGUUGAUAAUUAUAUCACAAAUUAUGUUUACGUGUAUAUAUAUAAUGGCAUUUUUAUUUAUUUUAAUUUUUUUUUCGUAGAAGCAGGAAAAAACUAUACUAAUAUACAAAUCGAUAAUUGUAUUCAAUUAAUUAAAUUUUAAGCAUUUACUAAUUACAUAUAUGUAUUUAAUAUUUUGCUAUUGCAAAAAUGUUCCAUUUAUACGACAUUAUUAUACAUAAACCAUCUGAUCAAAUAUGUUUUGAUAUUU